UACCGUUUCUUACCGAAUUUGAUGGCUCACUGCACCAGAAUCGCAAUAUAAAUAACACUCCAGGAAUCGCUACAUCAUACAACUUGCACUGCUAGAAAACGGUUAGAUCUAUUAGUGCGAUAGACUAAUAGAUUGAGUAUCAAAAUACAAUUGUUGUCAUCAUGUUUCCUUUACGUAGUGCAUUGCCACUGGUAACCAUUCUUGUGGCAAUUUAUAUUGCCACUAAUUGCGUGACCACCGCACGUGAAAUUACCAGGAAUUACGACGAUCUUCAGGUAGCCGCCAGCCACCAUGGUCAUCAUCACGAACACGGUGGCGGGGAGGAGCAUCAUUCUGAUCAUCAUCAUGAACAUGGCGACAAAGGUCACAAGGGCUACAAGCACCACCAUCACCACGGAAAGGGUGACAAGGGUCAUCAUCACAAGGAGCAUCAUCAUGGCCACCACGAUGAGCACGGAGGACAUAAGAAGCAUCAUCAUCACGACGAUGGCCAUCAUAAGGAGCAUCAUCAUGGCGAGAAGGGGGAGAAGGGCCAUAAGUUCCACGAGAAGGGACACUACGGCAAAGGCCACAGCACUCAUGGUCAUCACGAAGUGAAAAAGCACGACGAGUACAAGAAAGACAAAGAAUUCUUCGACGAACAUCACGAUCAUGGUCACCACGACGAGCACGGUGGCCAUCAUCACGAACACGGGCACAAGAAGGGUGGGCACUUUAAGAAGGGACAUCACGAUCAUCAUCAUCACGAGGGUCAUCACGGCAAGAAGGGUCACCACGAGAAAGGCCACCAUCAUCAUGAUCAUAAGGGACAUAAAGGUCACCACGACCAUGACGAGCAUCAUCAUCACCAUCAUCAUCACGGCAAGAAGGGCGGUCACGAGGACCAUAAGCACUGGGGAUUCAAGAAGGGACAUUGAAAAUUCUUACUGCCCAGGAGAUACCACCAGCUGCCUUUAAAUAGAAUUCUGUUACUCGCUUUCGUUCCUACUACUCAUGCUUUCCUCACAUUACGCAAUAAUAUAUACUCUAUAUCUGCGUUAAUUGUUAAUCGUGCAUACAUCGUUGAAAUAAAGUAACAUAUUUAACAUAUCUUUUUUACACUGCACGCAAUUGCGUGAUAUGCAAAUUAACAUCGAAAUAGUUGCAGAAUUCUACCAUAGCUAAUGCUUACAGAAUGAUGACUAUUUUAUAAGACUCAACAACAUCUUUUCUUCAAUCUGCUAUAU